AUUCCCACACACACAUGCACGCGCGUGUCCGAAAGCGAGGCCUAUAUAAAAGUGACGACCGCAGAACAAAAAACUCAAUUCCGUUUGUGGUUGUGCGCGGUGAAAGAAACACUUAGCAAGUCGAAACAAUUCCGAAUUUAUUUAACGUGAGUUUAGAUUAAAAAGGAAAAUAAUCAAAUCUAUGAAACAUUUUUCUUUUCAUUCCAACCGUCAUAUCAAAACAAUAUAACGAAACGUGAAAUCCAACAACAACAAAUUGAAAACGUGCUUUACAAAUAGCCAGCGUGGACAGCAGUUUGAAUAGAGGAACGUUCUCGAAGCUUGAAGAGAAACCCUCUACGGAAACGGAACUAAAAUGGUUUUGACUGGCACUCGGCGCGGCCAAGCGUUCCACGCAUUUCUAAUUGUCGCGCUGUCGUCAUCGCUGACUCUGAUGCACGUACAGGCACAGGAACCGCGGCGUGACGACAAAUGGCCGCCACCAGCCGUCCUGAAAAUGGCCAAAAUAUUCCACGAUAUUUGCGUUGAAAAAACUGGGGUCACAGAAGAGGCAAUUAAGGAGUUCAGUGAUGGACAAAUACACGAAGACGAAGCGCUCAAGUGCUACAUGAAUUGCUUGUUCCACGAGAUCGAUGUGGUGGACGAUAACGGUGACGUUCAUCUAGAGACGCUCUUCAACACCGUACCGGGUACCGUACGUAACCAGCUGAUAAAUAUGGCGAAGGAGUGUGAGCAUCCAGAAGGCGACACGCUGUGCCACAAAGCAUGGUGGUUCCACCAAUGCUGGAAGAAGGCCGAUCCAGUGCAUUAUUUCCUACCAUAAAGCUUUUAGUGUUUCCACGGGCAUUAACUUUUAGCACGAUCCCGAUCCUCGAUUCCAAAUGCGUAUUGACGAAAGAGUUUGCAGAAAAACGGUUGCAAGGCAUUACGUAACAAUUUGUAGUUGUUUUGAUUUAUUUUAGCGCAAUUUUAGUUUUAUUAAAGCAUUACAGAAAAUACCAAA